AUGCUUAGCGGGCAGAUAACUCAAUUUGAUUUUAAUCAAAGACCGCCCGAUGCGGAGAGAAGACCAGAAUUUUGGCGUGGCUUGGCACGACAGGAGCUUGUUCGGAAUGUGUGGAAACAGAAUUUGAAUGUGAAUAAGGCGAAAAAUAUUAUUAUGUUCCUGGGUGAUGGUAUGUCCUUGAGCACCGUUGCAGCAGCAAGGAUACUUAAGGGUCAGAAGAUAAAUCACACGGGAGAAGAAGAGGUAUUGAGUUUUGAGAAAUUUCCUCACACAGGAUUGAGUAAGACCUAUUGUACCAAUGCCCAAGUAGCCGACUCGGCCUGUACAGCCACCGCCUAUUUGUGCGGGGUAAAAACGAAUAUUUUCAUUAUUGGAGUUACUGCCAAUGUGGAGUUUAAUAAUUGCACCGCCAGUAUGGAUGCCAGCAAUCAGGUGUCCUCCAUAGCAGCCUGGGCACAAGCUGCAGGCAAAUCCACUGGUUUCAUAACCACAACCACCUUGACGCAUGCCAGUCCUGCUGGGACCUAUGCACAUGUGGCCAAUCGUUUAUAUGAAAGUGAUGCUGAUGUUUUACAAUUUGGUCAAGACAAUGCGACCUGCAUUGAUAUAGCCCAACAAUUGGUGCGGCAAGAACCAGGUCGCAAUUUUAACAUUAUGAUGGGUGGUGGCAUGGAAAAGUUUAUACCCUUCUAUCAGCGUGAUGCUCAUGGCAACUUUGGUAUGCGUCAGGAUGGUAGAAAUUUAAUCUCCCAAUGGCAGGAUGAACAUCCUCGUGGUCAAGUGGUAACAAAUCGAGAUGAAUUAUUGAAAAUAAAUACCUCAGAGAUUACCCAUCUAAUGGGGGUAUUUCAAAGUAAGGCCUUGGACUAUCACAUCUUGGCAAAUCAUAGCAAACAACCUUCGUUAUCGGAAAUGACAGAGGUGGCCUUGAAGUUAUUGCAAAAAAACGAAAAUGGAUAUUUCAUUUUCAUUGAAGGUGGUCACAUCGAUACCGCUCAUCAUGAAAAUAAAGCUGCUGUGGCUUUGGAGGAAACUUUGGAAUUUGAAAAAGCAAUACAAUUGGCUCGUGAUAUGACCGAUGUCAAGGAUACACUAAUUGUUGUUACUGCGGAUCAUGGCCAUCCUCUAACAAUGGUGGGCUAUCCAAAUCGUGGUAACCCAAUAUUGGGAUUAAAUAAACAUGAUCGUGCCCGGGAUGGUUUGAAAUUUUCCACACUUAAUUAUCCUUUGGGUCCUGAACAGUAUGUGGAUUCGAAUGGUAGGCGUUUGAAUUUGGAUCGAAUUCCCAGAACAAUUGAAAGCGUUUUCCCGAGCUACAUAAAAACUUCUGCCGGUCAUCAUUCAGGAGAAGAUGUUGGUAUAUUUUCUUCUGGUCCGUUUGCCCAUCUAUUUACUGGAGUAUUACAACAGCAUACAAUACCUCAUUUAAUGGCCUAUGCCUCAUGUAUGGGUGAUGGUCCAACAAUGUGUAACGAUAACUAUGAUGAUCGAGUGAAGGCUGAUAAUAGUGUUUAUAAUUAUAAGAAUUAA